ACACUAACAAUGAAUGUUAAUUUCAACAGCUGUCCCCAAAAAAAUUAAAAAAAAAAAAGAGAGAAGAAAGAGAGAUUUAAAAAAGCAACUGAGCAGAGACACAGACAGGAGAACCGAAAGAAGAAUAAGAGCAAAUGCAAAGCAAAGUCUCAAAACUAACAAUUUCUAUUUCUCAGAGUUAAAUCAUCAAACACCUUGUCUUUAUUCUUCAUUCUUCAAUCGUCUUUCCCCAAAACACAUUUUUUUUUUUUUUUUAGUCUCUGUGAAAGAAAUGCAAAAUCCACACUCACCAUCUCCACAGCCAUCCACUCCUUUCUUCUCCUCAUCCACUUUCAAAGACCCCAAGGCCACGCUCUCCAUCAUCUUAGCCAUCUCUCUCAUCUUCUUCCUCGCCCUCUCUUCCUCUCCCUUCACUUCUUCUUCUUCUUCUUCUUCUUCUCAGCGUUCUCGACCGGACCCUUUUCUCUUCCCGACACGUCAGACCCACCUCAUCAUCUUCCAAGGCAACAACCCAUUAGAUCCCCCCCCUCCUUCCAUUGCCUACCUCAUUUCUGGUUCCAGUGGCGAUUCGGGUCGGAUCCUCCGUCUGCUUUUCGCUGUGUACCAUCCCAGAAACCAAUACCUUCUUCAUCUCGAUCGGUCCGCCUCACAGACCGACCGUGAAGGUCUCGCUCUCAAGGUUCAAUCUAUUCCCAUUUUCAAAGCUGCCCAGAAUGUCAAUGUUCUUGGGAAAGCCGAUUUUGUGUAUUCGAAAGGGUCGUCUUCCAUUUCUUUCACGCUUCACGGUGCCUCUGUGCUUCUCCGAAUGUCGAACAAUUGGGAUUGGUUUAUCAGCCUGAAUGCUGGUGAUUACCCACUCGUUACGCAAGAUGAUCUUCUUCAUAUUUUGUCAUACUUGCCCAAAGAUCUCAAUUUUGCGAAUCAUUCAAGCUACAUUGGCUGGAGAGAGUCUAGGAAGUUGAAACCCAUAAUUGUCGACCCUGGACUUUAUCUUUCAGAAAGAACAGAUAUGUUUUAUGCAACUCAAAAGAGGGAUUUGCCUAAUGCUUACCGGUUGUUCACAGGUUCAUCUUUUUCUAUUUUAAGUCGAAACUUUGUUGAGUUCUGCAUCCUGGGUACAGAUAACCUUCCAAGGAUUCUAAUGAUGUAUUUCUCCAAUACACCUUCAUCCCUUUCCAAUUACUUCCCUACCAUUCUAUGUAAUUCCCGUCAGUUCAACAGAACUAUCAUAAACCAUAACUUACGCUAUGCCGAAUUUGCCUCACCCUCUAAUGAGGAGCCCCGUCCACUCGGUUCCAAAGAUUUUGAUGCUAUAAUUCAGAGUGGGGCAGCCUUUGCCUCUCGAUUCCAGUCAAAUGAUCCCUUACUUGACCGCAUAGACAAAGAAAUUUUAAGUCGCACUCAUGGAAAUGUGGUGCCUGGUGGAUGGUGCUUAGGAGAGCCUGGAAAUGAUACAUGCUCAGUAUGGGGAGAUGCUGAUGUUUUAAGACCUGGUCCAGGAGCAAGAAGACUUGAAAAAUUUAUUGUUGGACUGCUUUCAAAUGGUACCUUCCAAUCCAAUCGAUGUAUAUUUGAAUGAUCAAGGUUUACGAUGCACAGAACACACAGAACCCUUAUCCCCAGAAAAUAUAUAUUAUGUAAAGAGAAUGAUUUUCUUCAUGUUGCCCUUUCACCAUUGGAAAGGUUUGGGACAAUACAACUGUGUUGUUUCCGAUUCUUAUAGGAACACUAGAUUCUUUUUAGCCCAGUUGUCUAGAGGUUGUUAGUAAAAGGGUAUUAGAAACCAUUGUGCAAAUGAAUUUAUCAAAAGUUUCUUUUGUAAAAGAUAUUUCCAUGAAAUACAGCAUGUUAUUUUGUUAGAA